ACUGUAUUGUUAGUUCGACCCGUAGUUGUCUGUCAGCCAUAUUGCAACCUUUUUGAGAAGUCCUAUAUCGGCGGGUAUACCAAAAUGAGAUUAGGAAUCAUUUUAGAAUUACUGAUAUCAACUUUAAGUAUUCUACCUAAUUAUAAUGCCAACCGUAUGUAUGCAACGGAAUGCGAAGACAACGAGCCAUAUGUUCCGUAUCCAGAUAGCGAUUCUUCGGAUAAGUACUGGGUUUGCUUCAAUAAGUCGGGUGAACCCAGAAGCUAUGCUUGCCCACCAUAUCUUAGAUUCGAUGAAAUGACAAGAAGCUGUACGGUUUAUUUAAGCCCUAAUCCGAUAGGAAAAUGCACCAGAGAAGGUGAAAAAUUUAAAGAUCCUGAAGAUAGUGAGUGUGAAAAGUAUUUUGAAUGUAAUUACGAACUGUUACCCAUCUAUCUUUCUUGUAAUCUUAAUGAAAACUUCAAUCCCCUUUUUCAACAAUGUGUUCCCAAGACUGAAUAUAACUGCAAUAUACCCGACUGUUUCGAUCCAAAAUUCCAAGAUAGGAAGUGGGUUGUCAAAGAAAGUUGUGAAUCCUACUACGAAUGCAUCGGGGAUGUUCCCAUACAAGUAAAAUGCCCCGGGAAAAUGUACUUCAAUCCCCACGUUCAAGCUUGCAUGCACAACACCAAUGACGUGUGCAAAGUUCCUAAUUCCAAGCCCGAUUUACUAGUGAACAUUGACACUAUGUGCAAAGGAAAUGUUGGAAAGUUUCUUACGGAUCCCUACUACUGUAAAGGUUACUACUAUUGUGUCGACGAAACAACCCCUUACUGGAGUACUUAUGACAACGAUUUAUAUUUUACGAAUGGAAUUUGUACUAAAACAAGACCUCAAAGCUGCACUUGCGAAGAUGAAGACUGGGCAAAUAAUGGAAAAACUUCAGUGGAAGUUCCACAUCCUGAUAAGACAAAAUUUUACGUGUGUACCAAAGGAAACCUACCCCAAGAGAAGUCAUGCCCAUCAGGCACAAUCUUCGAUGGAAAACAGAAAGUCUGUGUUUUCUAAAAAAUUAAAUCAGAAAGUUUUUAACAUUA